GAGGGGACAGCCGUGAGGAAGGGACAGCCGUGAGGGGACAGCCGUGAGAAAGGGACCUGUGAGGGGACAGCCGUGAGGAAGGGACAGCCGUGAGGAAGGGAUAGCCGUGAGGAAGGGACCCGUGAGGGGACAGUCGUGAGAAAGGGACCUGUGAGGGGACAGCCAUGAGGGGACAGCCAUGAGGGGACAGCCGUGAGGGACGCCGCCGUCUCGCCUUGGCCGCCGCUCCGCCCCGCCCCAGGAGAGUCCCCGUUUUGCGUCUCUUGAGCCGAGGAACACCUGUGGACAGGCACUGUGAAUCAAUGGUGACUCACAAAGUGCCAGACCUACCCACAUGCCUCGAAGAAAACCAUUCAUUAGGUGAAUCCAGCACGUCCUGUAAAGAAGUACUUAACACUAAUGACACGAAGAUGUCUGAAGUUUCCAAAGUCAUGACUAAAGCUGACAUCAAACCAAAAUCUAUGCAUCGUGCCAAAAUAUGGUCAGAUGAUGUAGAGAACUUAUACAGAUUUCAGCAAGCUGGAUACAGAGAUGAGGUGGAAUAUAAACAAGUAAAACAAGUUGAUAAGGACAGAAUCAUCAAUCUAGUUGUUGGUGGCUUAACAACCUUGCUGCUUGUAGUCACUCUAAUCAGUGCUUUUGUCUUCCCGCAACUACCUCCAAAACCUGUGAAUGUAUUUUUUGCUUUCUGCAUCUCCUUGUGUUGCAUUUCUGCUGGCAUUCUUAUCUACUGGUAUCGACAAGGAGACCUGGAACCCAAAUUUAGAAACCUAAUUUACUACAUAUUGUUUUCUAUUGUCAUGUUAUGUAUAUGUGCCAACCUGUACUUCCAUGAAGUGGGUAAAUGAAGGACAUUGGGAAUACCCAGCAAUGAUGCUACUGUGUCAGACUGCUUCCAGCUCAGCUCUCAGCUCUACUCGAGACAUUUCAGUGAGAACCAUCAGCCUGAGAGGAAAGAAGUGGGUUGUGCAAGGAUAAAUCAGUACAUGAUUUUCAUGUAAAUGUAUAUGUAAUGUCCCUCUUGUUGGGGAGAAUUAUUGCCAUAAGACGUGACAUUCUGCUUUUUUUUGAAGAGCUACUGUUGCGCUUAAUGAACAUUCCAGUUGUACUGAUGUUUCAGAAUGGCACAAGCUUUUUCAUUUUGGAAAAAACUGCACUUUUUUUAUUACUGUACAAAUAAACUGCAGCACUGAAAGGAUCUGUGGCAGUAUAAAUAAAUGGCAUCUUACAGUCAAGUAAGACAAAUACUCUUUAUUUUGUUGAAACUGAAUAUACAAUUAUUUCUGUUCCCUAGGCAACCAUUUAAAACUACAACUUAUUUUUCACAUUAACAAAACCACAGACUGAAAAAGACCAACUCUUGAUUAUGAAGAGCUAAUUACAGAAAUAAAUAAAAUAAUUUAUACAAGUCUUUAGUUUCUAUAGCUUUUUCUCUUGAUUCCUAGCUAACAGGCUGCUGUUCAGCCUAGUGUCUGUGUCAAACAAUGCAGGAAUUAAUUGGCCUCCUUUGCCUCGGGGCCCUAUAUCCAGACUCUCACAGAGCUACUCCUCCAAGACUUUGCCACCUUCACACCACUCCCAAUUUACUAACUUGCUGCAGAAAUCACAUCUGGAAAGGUGGCUGGUAGUGUUAGGUAAACAGUGAGAGAGACAAAAGUUCCAA